UGCUUUCGAUAUUCUCCAGUAUCUGCUCAAUCACCCGGAAAGAAAAACAAUAUCAGCUUAUCUAUCGUUCUGUUCCUGCAAUAUCAUCGAGCAAAUCACAAUAUCUGAAAGCUUCUGAGUUCACUUGAUCUAGAGAGUAAAGACAAUUCAUAAGGAUCAAACUGCAUCAGAGAAUUAAGCUUCGUCAAGGUCUUUCAUGGCGUCUUCUCCAACCUUGUCAAACUCCGCAUUGGCUUCUUCAGCAAACUUGGUGAGAUACUCUGAUCUCUCGUCCAAGAAAUCCGUCAAACGGACCUUCGAUGUCUGA